UCCAAUUGAUUGCAUGGAUUUAUUUAUAUAUCAGCGCUAACCUAAGAGCAGCUGGCUAGCCAUUGCAUGCUAAUUAACUCCUUUCUGCCUCUCUCCCCGCUCUCUUCUGCUUGCUUCUUCCAGGUCCCAGCCGAUCGAUCGGCAGAGAUGGAUGUCAGGCGGCGGCGGGCACUGGUGAUGGUCGUGGCGGCGAUGCUGGCCGCCGUGGCUGUAUCUCGGGUUGCCACGGCCGCGACGAGCUACACGGUGGGGGCGCCGGACGGGCUGUGGGACAUGCACACGGACUAUGCUGAGUGGGUCGCCGCCAGGACGUUCCACCCCGGCGACAACAUCACGUUCACGUACUCGCGGGAGCUGCACGACGUGGUGGAGGUGGGCAAGGCCGGCUACGACGCCUGCUCCAGCGCCAACAACGUCUCCGCCUUCCGCUCCGGCAACGACGUCGUCGCCCUCACCGCCGUCGGCACGCGCUACUUCCUCUGCGGCCUCACCGGCCACUGCGACAGCGGAAUGAAGAUCAGGGUCGACGUGGUCGACGCGUCCACCGGUCCCGCAGCCGCGCCGCCCACUACGUCUGCCGGGGGUAGCGUCGUCGCAGGCCUUGGCGCGCUUGUGGUCACGCAGGCUCUCCUGGCCAGCAUGAGCGUGUGGUGAUGUAUUCCUCAGUACAUACAUACGUCCGUAGUAUGCUUUUGGUUUCGCUUUUGUUUUAUUUGUGCUUUUGGUAUCGCAGCUUGUGAUUGAUAUUUCAGUUUUUCUUUC